CUAAUUGUACAAAAAUAGUUUGUUUAAAUUACAAACUAUUUAACCAGUGUUGACGUGGCAACAUUGUCGUUUUGAAGGUUCCAGUGAGAUGAGAUCCAUGUCCAUGUCCUGAUUCUUGUGAAGAACCCUAACCAGCAAGCAAGCAAGCAAUGUUAUGUAAUACGCACAAAUCUUCACUAACCAAUGGUGGGACCCAAAAGACACUUCCUCCCAUUGAUUCUCAUCACCCUCGCUGCAUUCAUCUUCUACACUUACCACCACACCUCUCUCCCUUCUUCACUCACCGAUUCUAACCCUAAUUUCACUCUCCGUACCCCUUUUCAAAUUCAAACUCAUUCCAUUUCCCCCAAUUUCACUUUCCUAAUCAAACUCCUUGCUUUCAAUCGCCUCGAUUCUCUCUCCCGCUGCCUCCGCUCCCUCUCCGCCGCUGAUUACCUCGGCGACACCGUCCAUCUCCACGUCUACAUUGACCAUUUUCUCCCUCCCGACGAUUCCUCUGUUGAUUCGAAGCUCCUCGAAUCGCAUCGGAUUUUGGAGUUUGUUGAUGGAUUUUAUUGGAAAUUUGGGGAAAAGGUGGUGCAUUACAGAACUGGGAAUGUGGGGUUGCAGGCACAGUGGUUGGAAGCAUGGUGGCCUGCUUCGGAUGAUGAGUUUGCUUUUGUGGUCGAGGAUGAUUUGGAGGUUUCGCCGCUUUACUAUGAAUUCGUUAAGACAUUGAUUGUCAAUUUUUAUUACAAUGGUUCCAAUUAUAGUCCUUCCAUUUUUGGUGCUACGUUGCAACGAGCAAGGUUUGUUCCAGGUAAACAUGGCAACAAAUUGCAGUUGGAUGACCAGACACGGCUUUUCUUAUACCAGUUGGUUGGUACAUGGGGGCAAAUUCUCUUUCCAAAACCAUGGAAAGAGUUCAGGUUGUGGUAUGACAAAAACAAGGCAAAGGGCAUUAAACCAUUUCUUGAGGGGAUGGUGACUACAGGAUGGUAUAAGAAGAUGGGGGAGAGAAUAUGGACCCCUUGGUUCAUCAAGUUUAUUCAAUCCCAUGGUUACUUUAAUAUCUACGCAAAUUUUUUACACGAGAGAGCGUUAAGUGUCUCUCACAGAGAUGCUGGAGUAAACUACGGGAAAACUGCUGGACCUGAUUCUCAGUUACUAGAAGAAAGAUCACUAGACUUCAAUAUUUUGGAAAUGCAGCCAUUGGGUAGUUUAAAAUGGUUUGAUUUUUGUUUCAGUGAAGUAUUUCCGGGAAGGUUAGUGAGGAAUAUCAAAGAACUUGGAGCUUUGCUUCACUCUCUUCAAAAACAAGAUACUAUCUUCUUAGUAAAUCUUUUUGGGGUAUCAGAUGCUGUAGUAAGAAACUUACUAUGCCACUUUGAAAGGCUAAAUAUAAGGAAUUAUAUACUUAUGGGCCCUCCAUCGGACUCCUUAUUUGAUCUGGCAAGAAGGGGUCAUCCUGUAAUCGAUGUAGACCAAUUUGUAAGUAGUAUCAGAAUGAAUAAAUUGAGUUCACAAAGUUCGAGUUUCGAGAGCAUCAAGGGUAUUGUUGCAAAGGCAUAUGUAAUUAAGAAGUUUAUCGAAAAUAAGUAUAACACAUGGGUUUUGGAUGGGAGCAUGCUUCUCACUUCAGACAUAUUGCUCGAGUCUGGAGUUACCAAUGACGACUUCUGUGUUGCAAAUAACUUGGACCUCUUUUAUGCUAAAAGCUCAUUGUCUAGUGAGAAAAUAUGGACUAAUGGUUUCGUGUCAAAAAUUGUAGCCAUGGCAGACUCUUUGGGGAGAAAAGACUCUUCAACCCAUAGUAGCCUAAAUUUUGUGAAUAUUAUAACAAAAUUAUUGGAACAUAAUGGUGCAAGUAUUAGAAGAGUUGAUGAGACUUCUUUUGGCAUGAGGAUUGGGUCAGAUGGUGUUGGUAAAUCUUCUCUAGGGGAUGCAAAGUUGGUAUAUUGGUCAACCGAGGUGGCGCCGGAUUCAAUUCAGAAACGGCUCAAAGAGUUGAAUUUGUGGAGUAUAGACAGUGAUUUAUCCUGCACUGCUGUGGUUUGUCACAAGUCAUAGCUUUUUAUGGCAGGUAGAAGCAGUUCUGCAAUUUAGUUUUCUUCCUAUAUUAUUUUUGAGUUUUUUUUUGUUGUUGUUCCAAUUUAGCUUACAUAUUCUUUUUUUACUCAUUUGUAUUAUCAUUUGUAACCAAUUAAGUUGUCAAUGGGAGGAUUAAGAUGGGCUGGAAUUAAACAAAGAGUUGGAUUCUGUGUUCGGGAUUGGGAUAUUUGUUUUUGUUAGUGAUCUUCCACCACAAUUUAAGUCCUGUGUUUGGCGAUAAUUACCUUAAAA